UGCUGUGACGUUCACAUGUUAUUUAGCUCAGUCAGUCUGAGCGAGGCUGAACUUACAGACAUAAGUGUGGCUUUUUCCUUCGCAUGGAUAACAAGUUGUAGAGACUGAGUAAGUACAAUUUAACGCAAGUAUGGCAAGUCCGCCACUUACAGGAGGACCCUCGUUAUCAAUUGACAAUAACAUUAAUUUAAACAACAUUAAAAAAUGUGGAUACCUCAAGAAACAAAAGCACGGACAUAAGCGCUUUUUUGUUUUAAAAGAUCAGAGUGAUGGGCUCCCUGCGCGACUAGAGUAUUACGAGAAUGAGAAGAAAUGGAAAAACAAGUGCGCUGCGAAAAGAGUCAUAUUCCUUUACUCGUGUUUGAGCAUAAACAAGCGCGCUGACGCCAAACACAGAUAUCUGAUAGCCCUCUAUACCAAGGACGAGUAUUUUGCUGUUGCUGCAGAGAAUGAACAAGAACAGGAGAACUGGCACAGAGACUUAACUGAUUUAGUAAGCAAGGGGAAAGUGUGUGACAGCUCCGUUUCCAGCUCGGCAUCAUCUCUGGUGGGUUUCGACGAGGGAAAUUAUGGCAUGAUUACACCGGUGAAUGCUGCUUAUAAGGAGGUAUGGCAGGUUACACUUAAAGCAAAAGGACUUGGCCAGAGCAGAAAUAUCACUGGAGUUUACAGACUGUGCUUAUCAAGUCGAACAAUUAGCUUUGUGAAACUUAACUCAGAGCUGGCAUCUGUGACCCUGCAGUUAAUAAAUAUACGCAGAUGCGGGCACUCUGAUAGCUUUUUCUUCAUUGAGGUGGGAAGAUCUGCCUCUACUGGACCUGGAGAGCUGUGGAUGCAAGCAGAUGAUUCUGUGGUGGCACAAAAUAUACAUGAGACCAUUUUAGAAGCUAUGAAAGCAAUGAAAGAGCUGUCUGAGUUCAGGCCACGCAGCAAAAGCCAGUCAUCAAACCCCAUAUCUGUGCCCACUCGGCGGAACCUAAACAAUUUACCCCCUAGUCAGACGGGACUGAUAAGGAGGUCAAGGACAGACAGUACCGCAGCCACAUCUCCUGUCACCAAAUUAACUUCCUGUCGGAUACGGACAGCUAGUGAGGGGGAGGGUACCAUGAACAGGCCAGUCUCCAUGUCAAUAUCUGAGAAUGGAAGCCCAACAGCUGCAUGCCUGAACCACAUAAGCAGAUCUAACACAGUCUCAGUGGGUCAGUCAUCAUCCGAACCAUCAUUUCUUCAACAUUGCAGAUCCAUGUCUAUGACAAUGCCCCGCUCUCCCCAAUCUGUUGUGAGCCCACUAAGUUUGUCCUCCACCAGUAUGAAUGGAUUCAUCUCAUCCACAGUACACAGACCCUCUAGCUGCAGUGAUUCAAUUUCUGGGUCACCUAAUGAUACUGGCUUCCUCUCAUGUGAUGAGUACAGUUCAAGCCCAGGGGAUGUAAGGUACAACCCAGCAAAUAGGAGUGACACACCUUCUUCUCUCUCCAGCACACCACCCUCACAAGAAGCCAGUGAACUCCAUGGUUAUAUGGUGAUGGAGCGGCCAUUCACCCUCUCUCAUAACAGGAUGUUGGACAUGGAGAAGACAUACAGGAAGAGGACAUACUCUCUGACAACACCACAGCAACAUGUAGCACACUCCCAGAUAUCUUCAGCAUCACUUGAUGAAUACAUGCUGAUGAGGGCAGCAUACACCAACAGCCACUGUGGACGGAGUACACAUUGUGCAUUCUCUAAAGUCUCAUACCCAGAAGAUUAUGGGGACAUUGAUAUUGGCUCUAACAGUAAUUUGGGUGAUGAUGGCUACAUGCCCAUGACACCAGGAAUGGCACCUCAGUGUGGUAAAAAUGACCACAACGUACCCAUGAGUCCCAUGAGUGUCUCAGCUCCCAAGCAGAUCAUUAACGCGAGGUCACAUCCUCAGUCCACUGGCAGUGGCUGCACUACCAACUCCCCCAGCAGUGGAUCUCUAGAGGACAGCGGGUACAUGAAGAUGUGGUCUGGAUCCAAGUUUUCACUGGAGAGCUCUGAUGGGAGAGCGAUGAAUGGAGAAUACAUGAAUGUGUCACCUGUUGACACACAGCUGUCAUCAACACCACCAGAUUAUUUCUUGGAUGAACCAGCACAGCACCUCUCGCCCUCUCUAUGUAUUGGCUUUAACAAGCAACAGGCACCUAAAUGGGCAGAGGAUGACCAGUAUGUUUUGAUGAGUCCACAGGGCCAAAAUCCAACAGAGGAGACUAACGAGGUGUCCAAAAGCCCCAUUGCCCUGCCCCCUCUCUGUUGCACUGAUGGCAUGGUGUACAGAUCAAGAGUCAUCAGACACAAUAGGUUAUCUCUAGACACUUUGAGGAUGCUUCCCAGCAUGACUGAACAUCCUCUUCCUUGUGAGCCUAAGAGUCCAGGCGAAUACAUCAACAUAGACUUCUCUGAUGCUAAACAGUACUCUUCUCCCCCUCUGGUUUCUGUGGAAAACCAGGGCUCACUAUCCAACCUCAGACAGGGAUCCCCUCUCUCAGACUACAUAAACCUCAACCAGAAUUCACACUCUCCUAAACUGAGGGAAGCACUCAGCAGUCCCUUGGAUGGGAUGCCAGAGCUGGCGGCAUGUCCAUGCCCACCUGAUGAGGGGGCUUUAUUCCUCAAUGAACAGAGAAGCUCUGCAUGUUUGCCUGGCAUAGGUAAUGACAAUUAUGCUGAGAUGACUUUCAACAAUGCUCAUAUCUCACCUCUGUUCCUGUCUGACAAUGAUGAGAGAGCUUCAGUCAGCCCCACUAGCAAGGUUAAAAGGCUUAACCUGGGUGACCAGGGGGUUUCAACAGAAAUUGGUGCUUUCUUGUUUGCUACCCCCUCUGUAGACCCAGACGGAGGAGCGAAGGUGAUUCGAGCAGACCCUCAGGGCCGGAGACGCCAUAGCUCUGAGACCUUUUCAUCCACCUCCACAGUUGCACCUGUAUUUCCUUCCUUUGCACACAAUGUUAAGUGGCACAGCUCUGCCUCAGUAGAGAACGUCACGGCCCGAAGUAGCGAGGGUUCUGAUGAGGAGUAUGGGUCUUCAGUGUGCCGAGAGACUUCAGCUGGCUAUCAGAAUGGACUUAACUACAUUACCUUAAACCUCAUGGAGAAACAAGAGAAGGGAAACUGUGAAAACCUUGUGGGCUUCAAGACUGGUGGUUGCUGUAAAGCAGGAAUAAAUGGAUUACAUGCAGCUCCAUAUGUGUGUCUGGGAUUCAAAGAGACUGCAACCACUGUACAAGAUUGAACAGGAAGUAUAGGUUACUCCUCCUUCUGGUACUGAGGGAAAGUGGAAGCUCGACCAGUGACUAGGUGGACACCACAAUGUCUGGACUAUGCUGCUGUAAAUUUACUGUGACCUUUGCACCUCAUCCUAAAGCUGAUCUUCAGAAGGCUGGGUUGUGAUUAUUCCAGUGUGGCCACUUUAAUGUGUUACUCUUGUUUCUACCAUCUGCUUAUUUCAGGAACUGCAAAGCUGCUCUGUUGGUAACUAGUCAUGAGUCACAUGCAUGAGACUUGUUUGUUUAUUGUUGUUCAUAUCAACACUUUGUUUUGGGUUUGUUUGAGAUUAGAAUAAUGAUUGGAUCAUAUCUUCCCAUGAAAAUCUCCAUCUUUAUUUACCUGACUUAAACUGCUGUAUUGUACUUACAGGUACUUAUUGCCCUAUUGUACAAAUAGCUGCAUAUAUUUGUGGAAUUUAAGUGAUUUUAAAUGGUAGUUACUUUUUUUUUGUUGCCACAAGUCUACCCUUACGAAAAGACUUGCAUUCAUGUACACACAAUUCAGAAAAGAUAAAGAUUUCUGAAACAUACUAUUUUUCCUCCAAAAUUGAAUGUUUUCACAUGAACAAUCCAAAGCCUUACUCUCUUCAGUCAACCCAAAACACUUUUUAUUUUUAUUUUCUUUUACUUAUCAGGGCCUAAACAAUGAAAAAAUAUCAAAAUAUACUAUUUAUAUUGUAUUCACUUUAUUUUUUCUAAAUAGUUUAUUAAAUAAUUAAAUUUUCUUAUGAGAAUGAAAGUAUUAAAAAUAUCUAACUCCAAUUUGGUAAUUGCACAUAAUGUUUAAUAACUUGCCUCACACAAGUAGAGAUUAUAUAUACGACCAAAUAUUGUCACUCUGUCAUCUGACAUUUCCCCAAUUUCUUACCUUUUAGCCAUUCCCUGUUUCUCUGCCUCAAGUAAGGAACUCGCAUGAUUGAUUUUAUUCAAAAGUGUUAUAGUAUAUGACAACAACACCUACUUCUUACUGGCUUACAAUUAGCAUGCUUACCAGUAAGUCAGGUUACGGAUAAAACAUGGACACUCAGCAAUUUUUAGGUUGCUGACUGUGUCUUUAUCCACUCACAAUGGCUCUGUGUGCAUAAUAUUGACAGUGAUGUCUCGUUCAACUAGAUUGUAGCACGACACAUCUGAAUGUAGAGCACAAAACCCAAUGAUAUGAGAGUGAACGGCUUAGUGGGGCAGAAAAAAAUUUACUCCACAGGAGUCAUUUUUUGUCAUUGCUUUUUCCCUGAAUGUUGUGAACUAAAUACAAAGCUGUGAUCUGCCAAGCAUUUCAUCCCAUUUGACAUCCCUCAUCCAAUGCAAUAUAAUAGAGUGUCUUACAUAUAAAUAAGAAAAUAAACAAAAACGCAAGAUACAAAAAAAUUGCAAUAGUGAAACUUAAUUCCCUUAUCUAUAAACAUCUAUUGCACAGCUGUAGAUGUGUUGAUAGUAUUGUCAGCCUUUAAAAAGAGUAACACAUGACUCAAUGCCACUUUAUUGAGUAAUUUAUUGAAGAAAUGGUACACAGCUACUAGAUUCUGUCUUGCUUCGUAGGCAGCAUUCAUUCACCCCUUGUAUAUGCAAUAUUUACAAAUCAAAUUAGUUUACAAAGUGGAACCAAAUGUAUAAAUGUUAUAUUAAUAUAUUUGUCAAAAGAUUUUACAGAGAUAUUGAAUUUGCGCUGUUUGUAAAUUUAUUUUUGCUCUUUUAUUUUUAAAGCUUAUUUUGCAUUAUAAAACUUAAAAAGUAUAUUUAACAGUGUUCUUGAAGAUCCAGAGUAGAAGUAUAUAAAUAAAUCUAUUGUUUGUACAUAUCAAAGGGUUAAUAUAUUUUAAAUGUUUGCAAAGUUUGAUUGAAAAAGCGUUCUUCCAUUGUACAAAUGUCAUAUAUUAUGCUUUUGAUAGAUCAUUUAAAGUAUUCUAGAUUAAUAUUGAUUUUGUUCGCGUUGAAAAAGUGUAGUCACAUGCAAUAAUAAAAAAAUAAAUACCACUAUUUAAGGAAAAUACAAUAGCUAUGUUAUUGUUUUAUUAUUCCUUACAUCUUUUAAGUAAUGAUCUACAACAAAUGUGAAUAAACCUGAAAUGAAAAUGACACGAAACCAUAAUUUCCACCUCUUUGCUGACACAGUGUGCCUUAGCUUGAGGGCAAUAUAGGAAGGAACACAGUUCAUUAAUAAACAAGUCGACAGAUUACUUCCUGUUGAAUGAGCAGGACAGAGUGUUUCCCUGGCCAUGCUAUGAUUCCCAUGUUCUCAUUGAGAGAACAGGAAGCUGCAGAAUCACAAUAUUCCAGUCUGUGUUAAACGGUGAGGUCUAGUCCAGCUCCACAUGCCUUUUUUCCUCUGUGACUGUUAGCAGGAAGCUAACAGACUUUGAAAGACAUCCUUUGUGCUUUCACUGUGGGACACAUGGCUAGAAAGAAUUAUGCCCAGACAGCAAAUACACGCAUGAUGACACAAACACAAAAACAAAAAUUCUAACAUACAGUGCUGUUCAAAAGUCUGAGACCACAUUGAAAAUCUGGGAUUCAAAAUGUAAUUCAAACCUGGAAGUAAACAGAAAGUUUUAGGAUUUUGGAAAAAUGUAAAACAAAGAAACAUUAUAACCUAAAACGAAUAAGAAAAAUAAUAUCUAUAUCAAGAAAUAUCACAUCUACUGUAUAUUAUACCUUGGAAAUAUUACUAGCUCACUAAUCAAAUAAGCAAAUUUGUGACAUUGACCAUGUUAACUCCUUUGCACAAAAGAUCAGAUAUCCUUGUUUCCAUUUAAGCACACGUGAUGCUCUUUGGAACAUUCUCAAAUCAUGCUGGGAUAACGUGGAUGAUCAGGUUUUGCACAAACUUGUGGAGUCCAUGCCAAAAGUAGUAUAUACCAAAUACUAAGAAAUUCAGAAAUUCUUGUAAAUUUUUUCCUUUCAGCUGUUUUUUUUAAUUUAUUUAUUUUUUUAAAAGCAAAACAGAAGCAUUGUCACUUAUGGUCUCAGACUGUUGGUUAUAUAUACACACACAAUCAUGCAUGCAAUGUUUACACUCAAAAAAAUUAACUUUCACUAUAGUCAAUUUUACUAAAUCCUCUCAUGUUCAUAUUACUCUAAAAAUCAUGUAACCAAGUAAACUUAAAUUAAUUGAGUUUAACUAAAAAAGUGUCUUUUCAGCUUAACCUAAUCCAUUUGCAGUGGGACAAUGUAUAUUUUUAGUUUGGUUAACUGAAACUGGACAGCGGAUUUCUAGUUCCCAGACUCGACAGUAAAUGUUAAAAUUAAGUGUUAUUUGAUGUGUCUUUGUGCAAGAUGAAUAUAAAGGGGCAGACUUGUGUUUAAUGUUUUGUCAUGCUGAGAUUUAGAAGAAUUUCUGCUAUGUUGUAAUUUUUGGGGUUACCAUCAUGGUGAAGAAUGGAGCUAUAGCCUAGUUUGAGGACCAAUACAUUUUCAGUAUUCUACAUAUUGCUUUAUGCUUUAAAGCAAUUUCUGUGCUAAUCAACAUAGUGAUCAAGUUGUAUUUGGUAGUGUUUCCAUCUAGCAUGCGUUUAGCAUGCUAACAUUUCCUUUAACUAGCUAACAUAUCACUAAAAGUGUUUAAAUUGUGGUACUUUGACAAGUUAAUUUUUGUUGGGUUUAUUUGAUUCAGUUAGGUUUCCUUUACUUAAAGUAUUUAAGUUGAAAUUACACAGUCAUUUUAAUUUAAGAAAACUCAUUCCAAACAUGUGGAACCACUGUCCAUCAUUGAAUUAAGUUCAACCUAAGUUAUUUUUUGAGUGUAUGUAUACAGCAUAUAUGCACAUUUAUCUAUGAUGCAUAAACAUUAAAGAGGUGAGACCUGUAUGAAGAUAAGACCACCGAUCUGCAGAAAACAAAAUGUGUUCUGACUCUAUCAUGCUU